UUCCCAAAGCCGCUGUGUGACGGAGGCAUUGCACAGCACACCGACUUCUGUUUAUAUCGUGAAUUUUACUCAACUGUUUACAAAACAUCGCGGGCUUCAGCCGUGGUUUCACGUUAGUUUUUAACGUGAACUCAGAUUUCCAUACGCCGGGACGAAAUUGUUGGCUCUGUUUUCCUGGAUCACAUGCGGCUUUUCUUCUACCCGAAAGAGAGGAUCCCUACUGCAUUUUUGUUCCUGCAACGUGGACCUGAAACCCUACACGAGAGAGAGAGAGACACACAGAGAGACGCGCUAUCGGAAUAAAAUUGCCGUCAUAAACCAAAAAUAAACGAAGAACGCGCACAUCAUCGACCUGUGGUGGAGAUCCUCAAAGGAAUGCUGCUGUCCAAGUUCAAUUCUCUGGCUCACAUCUCCACCGUAGACAUGCCGGCGAAAAUGCAGCACCAAGUUCAUCAAGUGAAGGAGAGGGAGGCUUUCGAGAAGCUCUAUCAGGUCGGCGCGGUGCUGGGCAGCGGCGGGUUCGGCACCGUCUAUUCCGGGACGAGGAUAUCCGACGGAGCUCCGGUCGCUGUCAAACAUGUGGCCAAGGACAGAAUCUCCGACUGGGGCGAGCUGCCCAACGGCUCCCGGGUCCCUAUGGAGAUUGUGCUGUUGAAGAAAGUCGGGACGGGCUUCCGCGGCGUUAUCAAGAUGCUGGACUGGUUUGAGCGGCCGGACAGCUUCAUCAUCGUGAUGGAGAGACCCGAAAACGUCAAGGACCUGUUUGACUUCAUCACGGAGAAAGGUGCCUUACCGGAGGAGCUGGCGCGGAGCUUUUUCCGCCAGGUGCUGGAGGCCGUGCGGCACUGCCACAACUGCGGCGUGGUGCACCGGGACAUUAAAGACGAGAACAUUCUCAUCGACCUGCGCACCGGGGAGAUAAAGCUCAUCGACUUUGGAUCCGGAGCUCUGCUGAAAGAAACCAUUUACACAGACUUUGAUGGCACAAGAGUGUACAGCCCCCCAGAGUGGAUCAAAUAUCAUCGCUAUCAUGGACGCUCUGCCACAGUUUGGUCUCUGGGCAUCUUGCUGUAUGACAUGGUGUGUGGAGACAUCCCUUUUGAACACGAUGAGGAGAUCACAAGAGGGCAGGUCCUCUUCCGGAGGAGAAUCUCCACAGAAUGCCAACAGCUGAUCAAGUGGUGUCUGUCUCUGCGGCCAGCCGACCGUCCAUCCUUCGAGGACAUCAUCAACCACUCGUGGAUGCAGAGCACGUCCUCCUCUGUAAUCCCAUCCACAGUGCAGACAGAGAAGACAACCACAGAGAUCAGGCUGCACAGCAUCAGCCACGAGCCCACAGCCUUCACAUCCACCCCUGUGGCCGUGGCUCGGUGACGGAGGCAAACCGCUCGCUCCUGGCUACAUUGGUCCAAACUGGACUACACUGACACAAGAGACUAUUACAAAAGACUUAUCUAACAGACUUGAAGCAGGGGAGAGGGUGUGGGGGGGCUGCAGUGCACAGGCCGAUGGUCCCAAAACAGGCGAGAGCAAGGUGUAAAGGACUACACGCAGAAGACCGAGGCAAUAACAAAACCAUUAUCCCUUGGUUCAGCCCGGCAGGCCAGACCCUCACAGCCCGAACUACCUGAUUUUCCCAGUCGUUGACCUGCGUCGGUGUCAGAACAUCAUCCUCACUGGACUCUGAUCUCGGCAACGGGUAUUUAGCAGUCUGUAGGAGGGCGUGCUCUGAAUGCACGGACACCUGCAGUCAGAACAUACAGCAAAUGUGCUCGCUGUUCUGCUGAAUGUAAGCGGACAGUCUGAGUUAUGUAACCUCACGCUACACUGUACUCUGCUCUCUCCCUCUAUUCUAUCUGUCACAGUAGAUUGGGAAGAGCAGAGGCGUUGGCAAAGAGGAUUUUCAAAAAGUGCCUUUUGUGAGAUUGUUGGGGGACCCUGAAAAUACUUGAAAUUGUGAGAGCAAAAGGGCUCUCCACGUCGACGGCCAUUUUGCUCCUUACUCUGUACAAGGCUUUACAUUGUUUGUUUCUGUUUGUUUCCUCUCAUGGGCCUAGAUCAGUAAAGCCUAUGCCAUUUACAACCACUACUUCUGCAACUCCAAUGUCAUUAGCAACCAGGCGACCUCGUAGCUCUGGCAGCAACCUGUGCAAACAAAUCAUAAAAAAACAAAAAAAUAGAAUCACUGGACUUACCUCACUCUGUUUACUACAGCAUCCACCUCUACUCUACAACCUCCACUUCCUCUUCUCGUGUUGUACUGUAUACAAACACAAGGCUUAGGCGAACGCUCGUUCACACGAAUGCACACCACAAUGCAAACUUAACCACACUGAAAUACAACACCCUCUGCUCUUCACUUAAUUAUUUUUAUUUUUUUAUAUGUUUAAACAGUGCCUCAUACAGGUCUCAAUUCAUUGGGGACAAGAAUUGUAAAUAAUAAUAAUAUUUAUUAUUGCUGCGACUUCUUUUCAAACUCAGUGAAUGCAGAAUUUAUUUAUUUAUUUAUGAGAGAAUUUCGGCUCUACAAACGUAUUUCAUUCCACAGUCACUGAGGGUCCCACAGAUUAUUUAAAAGCAACAGAUGAAAUGGAUUUCUUUGACCAUAUUUAUGGCUUGAAAUUUUAAAAGAGCAGAUGUGUGUGUUUGUUUGUCUAUAAUGUAAAUAACUUGUACAUAGUCCCAAAAGUACUUCCAUCCUAAUGUAUGUAAAUAUUGAACAUCUACUGAUGGUAACUGGUUUUGUUACGCUGUUGUCUGCUGUGUGAGCAAGUGAGUUCUGAGUGUGUGUGUGAGUGUGAGAGAGAGGGGUGAAAAUGAGAACUCUUCUGGUUUCAUGAAUGUGGCUCGGAUUGUUGUUUUGUCAUUAAUUCAAAUUAGAAUUGUAAAUUAUGUUAGAACCUAUUUUUAUACAAUUUCAAUAAAUAUUUUUUUAAACUGA